CUUCUCAACAUGGUAGACUACCUGGCUAAUACGGAGAUCAACAGUCAACGGAUUGCCGCAGUGGAAAACUGCUUUGGGACCUCCGGCCAGCCCUUAGCCGUGCCAGAAAGGGUCCUUUUGGGUGAAGGGAUUUUGACCAAAGAAUGCCGUAAGAAAGCCAAGCCCCGAAUUUUCUUCCUUUUCAACGACAUCCUGGUGUACGGCAGCAUUGUGAUCAACAAACGGAAGUACAGCUGCCAGCACAUCAUCCCGCUGGAUGAGAUCACUCUGGAGAUCCUGCCGGACACCUUGCAAAUGAAGAACAGAUGGAUGAUCAAGACCUCCAAGAAGUCCUUUGUGGUUUCGGCCGCCUCGCUGACCGAGCGCAAAGAGUGGGUCAGUCACCUGGAAGAAUGCAUUCGGCACCUUUUGUCCAAAACAGGGCAGCAGCCCCCGACGGAAUACGCCGCCCCUUGGAUUCCGGAUAAGGCAACAGAUAUCUGCAUGCGUUGCACCCACACCAAGUUCUCGGCACUCAUCCGAAGGCACCACUGUCGAAAGUGUGGCUUCGUGGUAUGCGGCGACUGUUCGCGCCAGCGUUUCCUCAUGCCUCGGCUCUCCUCCAAACCGUUGAGGGUUUGCAAUCUUUGCUACAAGCAGCUGAUAGCCAAAAAGAAGGAAUCUGGAGAUGUGGCAAAAUCAGUUCCUUCUCCACUGCCUGGCUAUGAGGUUUCUAGCGGGGAUGAAAGCGACAAGUCUGAUGAAGACAAACUGGAACAGUGGCCAGCCGAGACAGAAUUUUACACGUCGGAUAUGAGCUGGUCAUCUUUCCACAGUUGAUUGCUCCAUGGACAACUUCCUUUUAAAGGCUGUCGCACUUUUGAAAAUGACCAAGAAGACUGGUUCAUUCAUGGACUGGCAAGAGAGCUAAACUCAUGCUCCACUCCACCUAUUUUUUGUUUUAGAAAUAAUGGAGAACUAUCCUCAAGCCAAUUUUGACUGGGUCCUCUAAGACUGAGUCAUUCCUCUUGAAGCUCCAAAUUGGAUUAAAAUGAUAUUGUGUAUUUUCGGAAAAUGUUGGUCCUUCUGUAUUUAAUUUUGAAGAUAGUCAGCAUCUGUACUCAUCAAAUGUUGAGGUUUCCAUCCUGGGGAACUCAACAGGACUGUAUGUAAAAAUAUCCCCGAGUUGUGUCUCUUGAAGAAAUUGUUUUUUUAUAAAACCAAAACAUGAAUUCUGGCAAUCCAGAAAUCAAAAUAAUUUCCAGAAGAUCACUUAGCCUUGAAAAUUGAGGGUACUUUGUGGGAAGCACUAAAUAUGGAAGUUAUUUGAUGAAAUUUACAAUAGUAUUACAUUUCAGAAACUGAGCUGUUUAUUUAAUUUUUUUAAUCAACUUGAGAUCAAGAAGAAUUAAAAACUGA